UUUUGGGCAUGUCACUGAAACAAGAAAUCUUUAAAAGCACCUUCAGAGCUUAAAGGGUAACUACCUUACAAAUGGCUUACUUUUUUUAGUGGUCUCUGUAUUUUCAGCUGGGAUUGGAGAAAGUAUUUUUGCAUGUGCUGUCCCAGCUGCAUCAUUGUUCUUGCUGUUUGGGACGACAGGAAGUCAGAGAUGUGACAGACAGGAACAGGAAGCUUGGAGCUGGGUGUGGGGCAGGAAAACAGGAAGCAAGGAAACAGGCAGAUAAGAUGACCUCUGAGAUGCUGCCCCACCAUCCCUUUGUUCUUGUCCCUAAUCUUUGACUUUCAACUCCCCCCCACCCCCUUAGCCAAUCACAUAGCAGAUGGCCUCUCAGCUGGCCAAUCACUGCGGGGUUACUAUUUCACAGACGGGAGCAUUCUAUCACAGCAUCCAGUUGAACCAGCUGACAUAGCUUAAUGAGGUUACUUAUGUUCGGAUGAGAAACUUUGUUUCUUAAUACUGCACAUGCUAUUUUCAUGUCAUGCAUAUAGUAGUAAAUUAGUCAAAUAUAUUUUAUGUUUUAUGUAUAAACAUGAUAAGGGGUGAUAUUUUAUCAUAUGGUGUGACAUUAUUUUGAAUGUCACAGUUUAUGAUAAAUCAGCUACACCACAGUUUAUAGAUUGUAUUUCAGAUAAAUAACUACAUAGAAAACAAUAUUGGCAUUAUUUUACUUAUUCAUUUAGACAAAUAUUAUUUGUAUUUCAAUUUCAAAACCAGCCCUGGUUUUUGUUCAUUUGAAGGCAGUUUCCCUAAAAGCAUAUAAUGCAAACAGUAUAUCUGAGCAAUUUUUGUUUUUUCCCACCAUUAAUCAGAUGUUAAAAGCAACAAAAAUAAAGAAAAUGCAGGUAAAGAACUAAUGCCAUCUAUAGGGAAAAAGUCGAAAAUAAGAGUAGAAAAUAUCAUCAAAGUAAUGCAAUCGACAUAAAACCUUUUUAUGACAGAUUUUUAUCAAUGCAGCCAUGCAAAAGCAAAAUGCAGUAACUACACAUUUUGUUUGACAAAUAGUUUUUAGUUUGAUAGUUUUAAAAUGUAAGAUUUUAGGAACAGUCUAUAAUGCAUGAGCCCCUUUCACACAUGCAACCAGGUAAAUUAUAGGAAAAUUGUUGGGUUGCCUUUACUGUUAAAUUUACCACGUGUCGUUCACACAUACCAUCAAAAUUGACAUUUAUAGGUACUAAUGAUACAAUUUCUCAUUAAGGGAAAUUGCCAGAGAAAAAUUUACCAGUAUUUUCAAACGGGUCGUGUUCACACAUGACCUCUAAUCUGAAAAUUGCAGUAUAUUUUCUAAAAAUAUAUCAUUCUAAAAUUAUCAUAUGGUGUGACACAAAAGCAUUCAGUAUAACAUUCAAAAUAAUGUUUUUGACAGCAAGUAAUUAUGAAAGUCAUGGAACAUGAAACGUUCAAAUGAUUAAUGAUUGGAAGUGUGUUUCCUUUACAAAAAAAUAUUGGUUUGUGUCUUUUCUCCUUAGAUCUAUAGCUGGGCAGCUUGUACGAUGAACAGGAUUAGUUUGACUGAAUCUGCUUUUCUUAAUGCCUUGUAAUCCCUCCAUGGGAGGCUGCUUGUUGCUUCUCUGGUGCUGAUUGAAGCAUGGACCAAAAGUCCCUCUCACUGUAUUUUUACAUGCCAACUGUUGUGUGGCUGUUUAAGGGAAAGCCAUGCCGCUGGUGAAGAGAAACAUUGAGCCCAGGCACCUGUGCCGCGGGGUGCUGCCCGAUGGCAUCGGCAGUGAACUGGAGUGUGUAAUGAACAACACACUCUCUGCCAUCAUACGCCAACUCAGCAGUCUAAGUAAACACGCUGAAGAUAUAUUUGGAGAGCUCUUCAACGAGGCAAACAUGUUCUGUUUGCGGACAAACUCUCUACAGGACCGGAUUGACCGACUUGCUGUCAAGGUCACGCAGCUGGACUCCACCAUUGAGGAGGUCUCUCUUCAGGACAUAAACAUGAGGAAGGCUUUCAAAAGCUCUACUAUACAGGACCAGCAGGUGGUGUCCAAGAGCAGUGUACCGAUCCCGGUGACGGAGAUGUACAACUUGAGUGACAAACCCCCACCUCUCAAUAUUCUCACACCCUACAGAGAUGAUGAUAAAGAGGGGCUGAAGUUCUACACUGACCCCUCCUACUUCUUUGACCUGUGGAAGGAAAAGAUGCUACAGGACACAGAAGACAAGAGGAAAGAAAAGCGACGACAGAAGGAGCAGAGGCAAUGUGUGGACGGCACGCUGCAGAGGGAGGUGAAGAAGGUGCGAAAGGCACGAAACCGCAGGCAGGAAUGGAACAUGAUGGCCUUUGAUAAGGAGCUGAGACCUGACCAUCGACAUUCUCACACAAUACACAGAGGAGGCUCCGCUGAAGGCACCAUGUCCCCAGAGCAGAGGUUUCAUGGCCAAGAUCAUAUAGAUCAUGGUUAUCUCAGCAUGGCCAACCAUGCUGGCCAUGCCCACACUUACUCUGGGCCUCCACCCAGUAUGGCAGCCCUGGCAGCUCAUUCUCAUAUGAACAUGGACCAGGAUUACAGGGCUGGAUCUAUGGCAUACCGUUCUGGAACACUAGGCCGUCCACAUCAGGCCCCACCCCCUCCCCCAUCAACAAACACAAUGAACGGCUCCAUGUCGCUUCCACCUGUCGACUACAGUGUGGAUUACAUGAAUUCUGGCCCCCCACCUCCACCACCAGGUGUUAUUCCAUCAGCACAAACUGCUUUUGCAAUGCCGCCCAUGGGCCCAGUUCUGCCUCCAGGCCAUCUCGGACCAAUGGGAGCUGGCUAUGCCCCAUCUAUCCCACCUACCUCUGGACCAACAGCUGCUCCUCCUCCACCAGUAGCCCCACCCCCUCCUCCCAGUGCAAGCCAAUCAAUCACUCCCAAAUGGCCCUCUGUGCCUAAUGAGGCCCAGCCCACAAACGAUGCUCGCAGUGACCUGCUUGCAGCUAUAAGAAUGGGUAUUCAGCUGAAAAAAGUUCAAGAGCAGCAGGAGCAGCAGGCGAAACGAGAGCCGGUGGGCAAUGAUGUCGCCACCAUCUUGUCUCGCCGCAUAGCUGUGGAAUACAGUGAAUCUGAGGAUGAAUCUGAUCUAGAGGACAACGACUGUAAUGCCUGGUGGUGUGUGGUGGAUGUGUGAUGAAAAGACAGCCAGCUGUUGGCACGGUCCCAUGACAAUAAAAAUCUGACGAAUCAUGUUAAAUCACAUUGCUCUCUGUUCCUGCCCCUGAGUGCCUUCAUCAUGGAAACAGGAUGGUUUUGAUUCUGAGACUCACGUCUCUAUGGAAACAGUACAGCUGAGACUCGGAUCUCCAUGGCAACAGUGAAUUUGAGGCACUCAGCCAAUUGAUGUGCAUGUGUGAAUAAACCCAGGCAAGGAUGUUUUAAUGCACAGCACAUUCUUUUAAUACAAAAUUAACAAGAUCUCUCAAUUCAUUAAACUAACCAAAGCAAUACAAUGAUACAACUAACACCUUGGGAAAAUAUACAACACGUUAACACAAUGUCUUACAAUGUCUCAGUUAAUUAGUGCAUGUUGAUUCUAAUUUUUAUAAUAUUGUUUUGCAGAAGCAAUUUGUUGUGCCUUUUAUCAUCAAAAAAAUAAAGUGCAUUUCACAGUUAAAACUACGCAUACGUGUACACAAGAUGCUGAAACCAAUGUACCCUACACAACUGCUGCUGGAUGCUUCAAGAUACCAUUUUAAUUUCAGUCUGUUCACAAACUAAAUAUAGAAUGGAACAAAUCUUACUGUAAAUGGAAAAAGUUGCCUCGCAACUCCACAAAACCAGAGGUGUGACCCACAUGAUUUCUUCUGCUAUGCUCUUCAAAUAAACUGGAUUAGGAGAUCCACUUCUAUCCAAUCCCUUUUUAUUGAAAAAAUCACAGAGUCCCACCGAUAUGACAUUAAAGUCAUUAUUUAGACAAUGUGAAGCUCUUACAUUGGAUUACAGAGCACAAUCAUUUACAGUUGGAUAAAGGUCUACUUAAAUCAAUGGUUCAUUGGCAAACAUCCAUCCACAAGUGGAGAAUCCAUCAGAUACAUCGCAGUUGAUGUUGACCAGGGACAAAGCAUGAUAACAUCAUUUUACAAAGCUCUUUUCAAAAACAGGUGGAGAAAAAAUGUUUUAGACAGAGGCCUAAACCCAAAGCCACUGCAAUAAUCUCCCAGUCAUAUCAGAAUGAACUGCUGUGCAUUAAUCUUUAACCCUCUCACUCUGCUGUAGACAAGCAUUCCCAGGCAAUAGGAUACAGUAUGCAGAGGUCAUUUGAAAAGAUUGGAAUGUGGCCCAAAGGUUAACUGUUGCAGAAUGACACUUUGACAUAUGUCAUCGUGCCUCCCUAAAGUUCCAUGCCUUAUUUACAGGAUCAAAACAAUCGAUAGGAUGCCAUAGUGUCUUUAUCAGUACAUUCAGAAGAGGCUGUAUAAAAUAUAAUCUCAGUAAUUCAGAAAGAAUCAAGACUGAGGGGGAAAAAUAGAGACUUCUGGCUGGCCUGGGGUUAGUCCUGCACUUUACCUUUGCUUACCUGCUAUGCUCUGAAUCAAAUAAAUGAUUCUUCAAAGGUCAAAGAGUUCUCUUUGUUGCUCAGAUCUGGCUCAAAGCAGCUUAACAUGACAAAAUGUGACAGGCCCAUCAUCUUUGUUUUGUCAGAAUAAUCAUAAUUUCUAUGCCAAACACCUUUAAGCUCUAUUAAAGGGAUAGUUAACCCAAAAUGAAAAUUCUGUCACCAUCUACUCACUUUCAUGUUGUUCCAAACCCUAUUGCAAACACAAAAGCAAAUGUUAGGCAGAAAGUUAGGAACUGACAGCCUCAGUCACCUUUCACUUUUAUUGCAUCUUUUUUUCCAAUCAAUGAAAAUGAAUGGUAACUUGGCUUGUCAGUUCUUAACAUUCUGCAUAACAUCUCAUUUGUGUUCCACAGAAGAAAGAAAGGUAUACAGGUUUGGACCGACAUAAGGGUACCCGCCAUCUUUGGGUGAACUAACCCUUUUUAAACUCGAUACAACUCGUGCUGUUUCAAUUGAAUAAUCUAGAGGUCACUCAGGCAAAAACUCACAGGCACGAUGUAAAGAGGGCACCUUUCUUGAAAUGAUGGGAAGACUGGUAGCCACUCUAGCCCAUGCAGGUCUAUGGGGAAAAUACAUUAUUACCCCCAACUACAUGUGCCCAGAGAGACAGACUUGUAGCUCACAAACAUGCAUGCAUUCACACGUACACACACAAACACACACGCACAGCCAUGCAGUUUGUUUGCACUGACACAGUCACACCUCAUUCAUAUACGCACAAUAUGAACACAUUCCUCACGUUAUAUACUCUAAUGAAUCUCUAAGGUUCACAAAAAGCAAAUGCAUACUGCAGAGUAGGUCACAUUGAGUAUACAGAAAGAUUUCAUCCAUAGUUAGAUAUUGUAAAUAGACCACAGAAAGGCCACAAUCACUUUCUGUAUGGGAACACGAGGCAGUGAGAUUAUGGACAUGUUUACAGGGAUGGGGACAUCUGUCCAGUUCCGUUUUUUUAUUUUGUCUCAAAUUCGCUCACAUCAUUCGGGUUAUGUUGUAAUAAGUACAGUUGUCAGUCAUUCUUGGAAUCCACUCUUGUGAUUAUUUCAUGGUGGGUAUUUUGUAGAUGUUUUCAGCUAGCUGAGGUGUUUGUUUUGCUUGGGCAAGGCUGUUAUUGCUGCCAGAAUAUUGCUAUAAUUUGAUGAAACACUCAGUCUGUAGUUAUUGCUUGCUGAUGGAUUCUGCCACAGCACUGAAAUGAAAAGUGGCUGGUUGGAAUAUGAAGGUCAUUUAGCUCGAAAGAAGGGGUGAACGUUAGCUCAGAAUAGUAGGGUGACUCAAGCCUCAGCUGUAAGGAAAAUACUGAAACAGGGUUUUGAAAGAAUUCAUAAUAACAUUUAACCAGAUGUCAUCUUCUUUUGCACGCCAGUUCUCUUCAAUAAAAUUUUGUCAUUUUAGACAGAAGAUUCACCAAUUUACUUACAUCGUAUUGACUGUAACCAGUGGAAUUGUAUAUUGGCUGAGCUGACAUAUUAUUGAUCAGUUUCAUAACUUUACAUUUCUAUUAUAUGUGUGGGAAAUCUCACAUGAAAACACAUCUGGGUCAUAUUUUACCCUAAAAUCAAAAGGAAAAAAAAACAUGAAAUUUUAGGACCAUUCAAUUCUCAUUGAACUUUUUUAUUUAUAAUUCUUAUUCUCAAUGGUGAUAUAUUAUUGCAUAUUAAUAAUUCGAACUGAGGGGAAAAUACACUCAAAAAAUAUUUUAGCCUAUUUUUAAGAUUUUCGCAUUUUGAUUUCAUAAGUUUCCAUUAAAUUUAACUGAAUAAUUUUUUACAAAAAAUUCCAUUAAUAAACAUCAUUAUUAGGAAUGUACUGAUGUAUCAGGCAAUAUUAACUGGCCAAUUUUUGACCAAAUUAAAACCAUUAGCAUAUUGGUAGCAUGAAAACGCUGAUAUGAAAAAACGAUGGUUUAUAAUUAAUUAGUCACACACUUUGUAAAAACUCUGUGAAUUCAAAUGCACAAUCCAUAAAUAAUAAUAGCCACAAUAUGUAAUGAACAUGAAGUAUAUUAAAUUUUUAUUCUGUCUUGUUCUCACGUUAAUGCAGAAAAAACGUCAUAAAUGGACGUGACAGUUGUAAAAACGGCACUUACAUUUAGGCUACAUGUUGACCAUCUAAAACGCUUUGAAACCAGCUAACUUUGACUUCUGAGAUUCCAGUAUGAUAUCCAUUGAUGCAGCACGAUUGAUUGAAUUAAGACUGAAAUUGCAAUAUGGCUUUGUGUGAUUACUAAACCUUACCAGGCUGCAGAAACAAGUGCAAAAUGUUUUAAAACUACAAAAUACUACCACCCCUGGAGUUCGCUAGUUCGAAUCCCAGGGCAUGCUGAAUGACUCCAGCCAGGUCUCCUAAGCAACCAAAUUGGCCCGGUUGCUAGGGAGGGUAGAGUCACAUGGGGUAACCGCCUCGUGGUCGCCAUAAUGUGGUUCGUUCUCGGUGGGGUGCAUAGUGAGUUGAGCAUGGAUGCCGCAGUGAAUGGCGUGAAGCCUCCACAUGCGCUAUGUCUCCGUGGCAACGCGCUCAACAAGCAACGUGAUAAGAUGCGCGGGUUGACGGUCUCAGACGCGGAGGCAGCUGGGAUUCGUCCUCCACCACCCAGAUUGAGGCGAAUCACUACGCGACCAUGAGGACUUAAAAGCACAUUGGGAAUUGGGCAUUCCAAAUUGGGUGAAAAAGGGGAAAAAUCCCCCCCCCCCAAAACAAAAACUACAAAAUACACUUUUUUUUUUUUUAACCUUUUUAUCUUUGUGGUGGAGAGCCUGCGAGUCGGUCUCCAUCACGGGAUUUUAAUGUGUCCAAGGACAUAUUUAUUAUUUUACUCACCAUUUUUCAAUAUUUAUUGGGGUUUUAUCGUGCAAAUGUUUUUAUCCGUCCUAUUUAUUGUGUUUACUGGUGUUUUAACUCUCCUUUAUCUCAUUCUUAUGUAUUUAUUCAAUGAUAUUGUAUUUAAAAAUGGGGAGUUGAGGGUUAAUUUAAUUUAAAAUAAUGGUGUGGGCCAGUUGGAAAUGGCGGGAAAAUUGUGUAUUUAAACCAAUCACCAUUAGAGGAGGAAAAACAAGAUGGAUGAAGUGUUUGAAGCAUGGGACAAGGUUGCUAGUACUGCUUGAGUGCAACAAAACUCUGGCCUCUAAUGUUUAGGGAGGGGAGUAGGUACUGGCUUUUAGUACCUAAAACAGGUCUAGACAUAUAUACAGGUGCAUCUCAAUAAAUUAGAAUGUCGUGGAAAAGUUCAUUUAUUUC